AUGAGUGACUCAGAGUCAGAAGCUUCAAUAUCAACAACCACAACAUCAUCUUCUUCUUAUUCAAUAUUAGAUACUUCAAAGUUCAAAUCACACAUAUGGAAACAUUUCCAAUUAAGAUGUUUCUCAGAUGGAUCCAGAAAAGCAGUUUGUAGUAUUGGACAUUGUAAAUAUUCCUUUACAUACGACGUUGGACAUAGCCAGACCAAUUCAGGCUCUAAUCACCUCAAAAAGAAACAUCCAAACCUGGAUGGCCAAGCAAAGAUUUCAAGUAAUGGAGAAAUUAAAAAGACUUUAGGAUCAAACUAUUUAAACCUAAUCUUUUAA